AUGUACAACUCCUAUCUUAUCUUAUUUGUAUGUGUUUGUGUACCUUGGGCCACAUUGGCCCAGACACCUCCCGACCCCUGUCAAGACGUCAAUCGGAUACAAUGGGACCUUGAUGCCAAUCCUUUUGUUAGAUCAAAAGUAAUCCUUAUCCCAGACUUUGGCUAUGACUCGCUCACCAUCCAACCAUCAACUGGCGUGAACAAGAUAAACUAUGGCAGUCACAUACUCUUUGCCACCAACACCUCUGGUACCUACACCGUCUUUGCCAACAAGGGACAAUGCUUCAUGAAUACAUCCAUCGAUAUCAAGAUUGCCAACGUCACCAUCACGCAACCCAAGUGCUAUGGAGGUCCCAUUAAGCUCGUGGUCACUGGCCUUGAGAACAACAACGUUGGCUACCGUGUGGACAAACCACAAUACUUCUACACCAACGACUCGUUCGUCUACGAGGACGUGCCCAUCAAUACCCCGAUCGCUUCACUCAGGAUAUUUCUCGAUGGCAGCUCAUGGCGAACUCGAUUCGUCUACGACAUCUCCAAGAUGCUGAUGCCCAAGCUCUCAAUCGUGCACCCAGUGUGCAGGCAGGCCAACGGCCGUGUGUCCAUCACCAAUGCUGCUCAGUUCACGUCGCUCACACUCGAGAUCAACGGAGCCAACAUCACUGGCGAUGGCACUGGCGUGUUCAACUCGCUCAAAUCGUUUGACGGCAACAAAGUCCCCUUCGUCCUGUAUGCCAAGGCUGCUCAAUGUGGCUCGCAAACCAUCAGGUUCCCCGGCAUGUUGACACCUCCGACGCCCAUCGUGUCUGCGAGCUCGCAAUCAUUGCAGACCUGCAACAAGACAUACUCCCUUACUACACUCUCCAUCGCUGGUGGCGUGCCCUUGGCCGAUGGCAUGAAUGUCGAUGGCCAGCCUGCAGAUACCGGUAUCCAGAUGACCCUUAGACAAAGUGCCGUGAACAUUGACUUUGUCUCAAUGUCUUGCAUCACUUCACGUACUGUAGACCUUGUCAGCAAAUACAUGCCAGUGACUCACUCGAUUGGCAAGAAUGCAGCUUUGCCACAUUGUAGCACCAACGCCACUGCCACCGUGACCUACCCAGGCAACUACGCUAGCCUAACCAUCGACCAAGGCUCUGCCCUCGACGCCAACCAUCAACUUCAAGUGCGUGAUGGCGAUACCAUCAUGGCAUCAACAUCAUGUGAGGUGGGAUCAAUGUCGUUCUCCUACCCUGUUCUCAAUCCAAUCUUCCAAGUGACCACCACCGACCCUUCAUGCAUUGGAGAGUACACCUUGUCGGUGUUGAACUACGUCAUGUACGACUCUCUGUUUAUAACAAACGUGGAUACUCCAUCAAACACUGUCAAUGCUGUCGAUGGUGUGAUGAAGGGCCUGUACACAGGCAACUGGAUAGUGACUGUCGUCGAGAAGAACUGUGGUGGAGUGAUACCCUCACCCAAGAAUGCUAUAUUCACAAUAAUGUCGCCAGCCAAGUGUCUUCAAUCAUAUGCCGAAGUUAUGAUCAAUUACACAUUGACCAUCAACGCCAUCUUUGUUAAUGGAACCAACAUUUACAGGGCCUCUGGAGAAGUAUACCAACUCCCAGUCGGCACUACAUAUUUCAGGAUUAUUACUUCAAUCCCAAGCAAUGCCUAUAGCUGUGUCCAGGACGAGUGGAUCACCAUUGAGUCCCAGACCACCACAGUGCUCGGUGUGAAUGUGACUCCUCAGAAGUCCUCCGAUUGCCUGCAUCCCAGUGCCACGAUGUCGUUCACUUCACCUUGGUCCGACUUCAACAGUGCCUCGGCCAACAUGGACUAUCCCUUUGUGGACGGUGUAGCUACUCUUGGCUCCUACCCCAGCGUCUCUGUCGUCUUUGAUCACAAGACUUGUGGAAAAGGAAUCAUCCAAAACGUUCCCGUGCCAACUGAUGACAACGUCACCAUCUCAGUCGUGCCCUUCUACACGUCCGGUUGUCUCAACCCUGCCAACACAGCUUCAAACUCUGCCAUCUUGAACAUGACCAUAGGUGGCCAGCGCAUCCCCAGCCAGGACAUCAUUGUCAUGGGCCCAGGGUACCACCGCAACACGGGCUUCCUCUACGGCAUGCCAACUGGCAUCACCAACAUGUACCUCGGGUACAAUGCAUGCUACUGGACAUACAACUUUACUCAGAAGUUCGACCCGCGUCCAUCGUAUCGUGUGGACAUCAUCCAGAUGCCCACUACCGCGGAGCCCAAUGGCAUUGCCGAGGUGGUCACGCUCAGAGACGACGUUGUCAUCCAGUCUGUGUCACCAUCAAAUGGAUACAGCGCUGACAAUCGCUACAUUGUCGGCUGGGACCAUACAGACAGUUUUCAAGUCGCCAUUGAGGACUUCUGGGGUUGCGCAUACAUGUUCACGCUCAAUGUGAGCGACCCCAUGCCCCAGCCCAGGUACACGCUCACCCCGCCAACUGCAUGUGGCUCAUCCGUGUUCAAGAUGCAGUUCGACAAGGCCAGCAUAGACAAGUUUGAGAUAACUGUGCUGGACCAAUCUCCCGACGCCAACGGUGUCGUCUACGCCGACUACAAACAGGACCCCUACAUCUUGUACCGUCCACUCUUGGAGUUUGUCCGCAACCCAACAAACUUUGAAUAUCACACUAUGAAUAUCGCGGGUAUUCCUGAGGGACCCACCUCCUUGCCCAACAUGGCCAUCAAUUACAGCAUCACUGGCGAGACGUGCGCAUACGCGCGCGAUGGCUCGAUCGUGGUCACUGGUGCCGACACGGCCAACUUCCAGUAUAAGCUGUACAACCCUGAGACUGGAAUGCAAGCCGACACCUUCAUCGCUGGCAACACUAUCACCUUCCAAUACCUCACCGCAGACACCUACCAGCUCACGGUAUUCAGUCGCGCCAACACAUACUGUGCCCAAAUGAUCAAUGUUGUCGUGCCCUCGUCCGAGCCCAAGGUGACCAUUGUGGCGCCAAGAAUCUGUGAUGCCUCGCUCAAUCAUUCAUCAAUCACAUUCAACGUCUCCCCCGCCAGUCUGUUGUCCGCCACCACCUUCAUGCUCAAUACCAAGACAGUUGGCGCGGUCGCCAACAACCUUGAAGUGGGCGCCUACACCGCGGAAGCCAUCAUCUCUGCCGGCAUAUGCUCUCGUCACUUUGUGUUCCCAGUUCAGAUCAUCAACAGUUUCUACGAGGCCACACUCAACUCAAUUCAAUGCGGUCAGUUGUUAUUCAUGGCGACCUCGACCAACAACGUGGAAUUCACUCCCAGGUUGCUCAACAGCAAAGGUGUCGAAGUCAUUUCAGUUCAAACAUACAACAUUGACAACACCAAUGUCAUCUACCAAGGCUUGUACACUGGCACCUACAAGGUAGCCUCCACCGAUGAGUCUGGCUGUGUCUACACCACUCCAUUGGUUCAGGUGACUGCAUGUCCCACUCAGGCACCAUCGACCACGUCUACAACCGCUGCCUCCACUACCUCUACCACAACUACCACCUCGCCAUCCACAACUGAUGGAUCUACCACUACUUCCACGACGUCCACCACAGGUCCAACUACCACAACAACGACAGGCACAACGACAGGACUCAACAGUUCAUCACAAACCAGUGUAUCAACAACACUACUCCUUGUACUACUCAUCAUCACAAUAUCCACUUUCCUAAUUUAA